AUGGAUAAGUCUCCGUUCCCUUUCUUAGAGAAGGACCCUAAAGAGGAAGACAUUGCUAAAGCCAUAUGCUUAAAGGUGUCCGACAUCAAAGGCAAUAUGAUCGCCAAAGGCGGAACUGUAGGGUUACCUACGCAUUUCUUAAUCAAGAAAGCCCAAUAUUAUGCCGAUCAUUUAAGCAUGCCUACCUUUGAAACAAUCCUUGCUUUGCUUAUUUAUGGAAUGCUACUCUUCCCAAGUUUUGAAGGAUUCGUUGACAUUAACUCCAUCAAAAUAUUCAUGAAGAACAAUCCAGUACCAACGUUAUUGGGUAACACUUAUCAUUCCAUACAUCUCCGGAAUUUUCAUGGUGGAGGAAUGAUCACCUGUUGUGUGCCUUUAUUAUACAAGUGGUUUAUUUCGCACUUGCCCAAGUCUUUUUUGAGUCUUGACAAGGGAUUUUGGUCACCAAGGGUCAUGGCGCUGACACACUCGGACAUCGUUUGGUAUAAUCGUGUGUAUGAUGGAAUACUAAUUAUUGACAGCUGUGGAGACUUUGCCAACGUACCUUUACUUGGUUUUAAUGGAGGAAUCAACUACAAUCCAGUCCUAGCUCGCCGACAGUUAGGGUAUCCUUUGAAAGAACCGCCUAGAAGUGUUCAUGUGGAGAAAAUCUUCUUUAAGGGUGACAAAGAACUUCAAGAUCAGAUUGUAUCCGCUUGGCGUCAUUUGCACAAGAAGGGCAAAGAAAGUUUGGGAAAGCCGAAUUGUGUGUCCAUGGAACCUUAUCUUCGUUGGGUCCGGGAAAGAGCCAUCAAGCUGAAGAUGCCUUAUCCUCGCCAAGAUCCUUUACCUCCGAGAAGAGAACCUGUUUUAAUAUUCAUGUCCGAAGCUGAAAAGUUGGAAAUCGCUUUGAAGAGAGCACAACAUGAGGCAGAAACGUGGAAAAAUAAAUAUCAGGUUAUCGUCAGUGAGAAGGAAGAGCUACAAAAGCAGCUGCAGGCGAAGAAUGAAGAAGUGCUUUCCUACAAAAAGAGAAGAAUCUACGAGGAUUUAUUUUCCUCCGACUCUCCGCCUACUCGUUGA